AUGAAGCAGCAAACGCCACAGGGCCCCAGUUGUUCAAGCUCGAGCCGAUCAGGGAGCCUAAGUAGCUCAGUUUCAGUUAGUUUAAGUUCAAGUAGCUCAAGUUUCAGCGAGUUGAGUUCAGGCUGUAGUAGUUCUAGUGCAAGCUCCAGUAGUUCAAGUUUGAGCAGCUCUGUUAGCCUGAAUAUCUCAAGUUCAAGUAGUUUAAGUUUAAGCAGUGGUAGUUCCGGCAGUAGUUCCAGCUCAAGUAAGUUCGUAGGCUGUGUAUUCUUAGUUAUUCUUGGUUUCUCCGACCAUGACCACAAGUAUUUCAAAGUAUUGGUUGUCAGUCAAAUAUCUCAAUUACAAAAUAACCCAAAGAGGGCAGACAGUUUCAGUAGUUCAAGAGUUUACAGGUCAAUUAACGCAAGCUCUGUUAGUUCAAGAUCUAGUUCAGGCAGUAGCAGUUCGAGAAUCAGUGUUAUUUCGGUCUCGACCAGUCUGACAUCUGUUUUAAGCCCCAGUUUUUCAAGCUCGAGCCGAUCAAGGAGCCUAAGUAGCUCAGUUUCAGUUAGUUUAAGUUCAAGUAGCUCAAGUUUCAGCGAGUUGAGUUCAGGCUGUAGUAGUUCUAGUGCAAGCUCCAGUAGGUCAAGUUUGAGCUGUUCAAGUAGUUUGAGUUCUUCAAGUCCAAGUAGGUUAUGCUCAAGUUUCAGCAGUUCGAGUUCAGGCUCUGAGAGUUCCAGAUCACGUUUCAGUAGCUCAAGCUUAUAUCCAAGUGUAUCCAGCAUUAGCAGAUCAAGUUGCUCAACUCCUAGCAGUAUUUCAGUAUCAGACGGUCCAAGCUUAAGUCCAAGUAUUUCAAGUCUUUCAAGCAGUAGUAGUAGUACAAGACCUAGCAAUAACAGUUUUAGUAAUUCAGGUCUUAGUACCCCAAGCAUGAACAGCUCGAUUCUGAGUCCUCCAUGCUUAAGUAUUUCAAGUCAUAGCAGUCAGAGCAGUAGUUCAGAUCUCACGAGACAGAGUGUGAAUAGUUCCAGUCUCAGCAGCACAAGUUUGGGUGUUUCAUUUUCUAUUACUUCAAGUUCAAGUCUUAGUAGGUCAGAACCUAGUAAUUCAACUUCUAUGAGUCUGAGCAGCUCAGUUUCAAAUGGCUCAGUAUCAAGUGUCCCAAGCUUGAGUAGUUCAAGUUUCAAGUGUCAGCAUUCCGAGCGUGAACAGCUCAAGCAUCCAAGCUUGAGUAGUUCAAGUGUCAGCAAACAGGUGAGCAGCUUGAGUAGUUCAAGUGUUAGCAUCCCAAGCUUGAGUAGUGUCAAGUGA